AUGUGGUCAAUACGAAAUGCAUUUCCACUGACAGCUUUUCGUGAGGCUGGAUGCGCUCCGCUUGCCUCGACACCGUCAGAUGACCUCCGAUCUUCAACUGAAAAGGUAGAGGAGUCGAAGAUUAACUUUAUCACGUCACUUGCAUACACGCUUAUUCCAGAGGUAGCGAGAGAAGAGGCUGAGGCGAUUUUUUCAUGGGCUCUGAGGGAUGCAAGUGGCGGUGACAGAAAUGAACGCCUUUCGGAGGCACUUAACCAGAUCGAGUACUUCUUUGCGGGGACCAACAAUGGCCAGUUGUGUAUGUUUCCUCUUUUUCCACCCGCCAUGCGUCCGUUCUUGACGACUCCAGCUGGAGGAGCAAUCGAGUCUGUUCCAUGGAACGCUGGACCCCGACGCAUUUUGCAUCGACAUCGACACGAGGAAUCGGUGAUGUCAAUUACAAACUUGGGCACCUUAGUGGCUUCCUCAGGCUCGGAUGCUUACGUGCAUGUGAGUAUCUUUCAUCCAGUGCCACGACACGUUGUUUCUAUCCCGCAUCCGAUGGCGGUGCAUUACCUGUUAAUGUGGGAAGGCGCUUUGUUUCUGGAGAGGGAGACAAACCUACAGCGGAGAUCGGCAAUAGCCAUGGUGGAAAGUUCAAUUGUAUACAUUUUUACUGGCGAUGAAAGUGGUUUGGUUCGUCUGUGGCGAGUGAACAUUGAGGAUUGCACUUACUUUCUUGCGACCGUAUUUGUUAUUUCUGCCCACGCUGGGGGCAUUGGCUUUGCCUCACCGCUGCAUUAUCUCGCCUGCGAGGAUGGAGACCGUACGAGGGUCCCAACAAAGCAAUCGAAAGUAAUUUACUCUCUCGCCAUUGAUGGUGAUCGACGUCUUUUAGCUGGGGUGGAGGGGGGAGUCGUCGUGUGGUCACUUGCAGCAUUGCCAUGGAAGCAGCGGGAGGAGGACCAUAUCUUGUGCUGGGACAUUGAGCGACUGCAAAUGAACACCAUUGCGCCGUCGACGCUUCAGUUUAGAGCGAGGAGAUUGGCAAACGUGAGUGUGUGGGUUAAGGGAGCCGCUUUUUUGCAAAAAAACAUCUGCAGCGAGAAGGGGGAGGGACAUGAGCCGAACGGCAAUAAUGCUCACGUGAAGGGGAUCCAGAAAUCAAAGUGGAAACCUAAGUAUGGUACACAUGUUGCAAACGGUUUUGAUGUGGGCGUGGUGAGCAACUUGUUAACAUUGCCUCCUUUGCAGGAAAACAAUGAGAGUCCGAGACAUCACUUCUGCAGACUACGUAUGCACCUUUGCAUUUUUCGUCGCUCAAAAAUACAGUUUAUUUCCCUCUCUAUGCAGUGGAACCCGUGUUCACCCCACUGCAUAUUCUAUCCACAACAGGCAGUACGUGUUUUGCGCUUCUUGUUUUACAACAUGAGAGGCGCGUUGUAA